CGGAGGUUUGGAAACAGGAUGGAAUAAGGAGAGGGAAGUUGAUUUUCUUAGCGACUUAAAAAGUAGACAAAGCUUUCCACCUCCCAUGUCAGACGCCACAUGUAAUUGAAUAAUACAGCGUUGACUCCUUCGACUUCAAACUACUUUUCUUCCUUCCACCUCCUUUCAUGGCGGCUCCCACUUCCUCCUUCUUCCUGCUCCUCCUCCUCCUCCUCCUCCCCACUCUUCACAAUUCCUAACUUUCCUUCUCUUCUGAUUUUCUAUCAUGCCUCCUGCAUUUGAGGCUAUUCUAGCUGCCACUGCCAGCUUUUUCUUCAUUACUCUCUUCCUUGCGGUUAUUUUAAUCGUUUGCCGAGGACUCAAACAGCGCCGGAGCUCUGAACCCCGGACCCGUCCCAUUCAGAGUUCCAGCCUCACCUCUAUCUCGGUUGGCGAGAGCGCCACGUUUGACCCCUCGCUGAAACGGAUCUCCAUGGGGGAGCUCCUCGCUGCCACCAGGAACUUUGCCUCCGACGGCAUCAUCGGGGACGGCAGCUUCGGCAUGGUUUACAAGGCCUGCCUCUCCAACGGCGUCACCGUCGCCGUCAAGAAGCUCAGCCCCGACGCCUUCCAGGGAUUCCGGGAGUUCCGGGCCGAGACCGAAACCCUAGCCAAGCUCCAGCACCGGAAUAUCGUGCAAAUCCUCGGGUACUGCGUUUCGGGCUCCGAUAGGGUCCUCAUCUACGAGUUCAUCGAGAAAGGGAGCCUCGAUCAAUGGCUUCACGACACGUCCGAGGACCAGCAACUUUCCACCCCGCGUUUGCCGUUAUCUUGGGAAACGAGACUAAAGAUUAUCAGAGGAGUUGCAGACGGUUUAUCAUAUCUCCACAAUCUGGACACCCCAAUCAUUCAUAGAGAUAUCAAGGCCAGCAAUGUGCUAUUAGACUCGGAAUUCGAACCACACAUUGCUGAUUUUGGCUUAGCUAGGAGAAUUGAGUGGUCGCAUUCCCAUGUCUCCACCCAGGUCGCCGGCACCAUGGGCUACAUGCCCCCGGAGUACCGAGAAGGCGUGACCGUGGCAACAGUGAAGGCGGAUGUGUACAGUUUUGGGAUACUGAUGAUUGAGAUCGCGACUGGGAGGCGCCCCAAUUUGCCCACCCGCCUGGAUGGUACAGACGUGGGGAUAGUGCAAUGGGCGCGGAAAAUGGUGGCCCAGGAAAGGCAUAUGGAGAUGGUUGAUUCCAAUGUUUCCAGGGAAGGGUUGAGAGAAAACGAGGUCAGGGAAUUGUUCAGAAUUGCCCAUUUGUGUACCAGUGAGAUAUCCAGAGACCGCCCACCUAUCAGUUUGGUGGUUGAUUUGUUGUACCAGCUUUUCUCAUGAAAUUUGUGCUCGGAAGGAGCUGUAGCCUGUAAAGGAAGAGAUUUCUUCAGGAAAAAUCAGCAGCUCUAUUGGGUGUUCUCUAAACAAGCUUGUUCAUCUCUGUCUCUUCCCUGCUGUGAUUAUGCUAAUGACUUGACUUUGUGUUUGAUUGCCUCUAGUUCAUGUAGUGAAAUAAACUGAAAAUAAUCAGCUAAGGCCAUAGAAACAACAGCAUGAGGAAGCUAACCUACCCUGAUAUACAUUGCAAGCUAGUUAGGGAGCUCUGAUCUGCACUUCAAUUUUGGAUCGAAAAUGAACAUAUAUGUAUUAGGGCUUUUAGUCCCUUUAG